GCUAAGUAAUAUGACGCAGCGUAUGGUCGCCUCCUGCUGGAUAUCUCGCGCCAAAGCAGCAGCGGAGUCGUGGUGUCAAAACAAGACAACUUUUACUUUACAGAAUUGAUAAAUCUAGCAGCAACAAUGGCUGAGUUAAGCACAGGAAUUAUUGCAGAUAUUGUUGAGGGGGCUCAUCCAGAGAAUCCAGUUCUUCAGAUAUUGUCCAUGAAGCGCAUUCCUAGUGGUGCUCAAGAGCGCUACCGCCUACUGUUGUCAGAUGGCCACUGGACAAGCAGCUUUGCUAUGUUAGCCACACAGCUCAAUAGCAUGGUUGGCUCUGGUGAGAUCUCCAAUAACUGCAUAAUCACACUGAAACGUUACAUUUGUAAUACUGUUCAAGAUAAUAAGAAGGUACUCAUCAUCCUUGACUUGACGGUGGAUCGACCAGGUAAUGAAGUGGGAGGCAAAAUAGGAGACCCUGUAAAUUACGACCCCAACAAAAGCAGAGCUGAGCAGCAACAACCUCCACAGCCUUCCAGAAACACACCAACCAUGGCAGCAGCUAGUGGCAACCCACAACGGAAUCCUUUAGGACAACGCAAUCCACCAAAUUGUGGAGUUUCCCCUACUAAAACUCCAUCAGGUGGAAAUGUUCAUCCAAUCUCUUCCCUCACACCAUACCAAAAUAGGUGGACCAUCUGUGCUCGAGUUAGCAACAAGUCAGCCAUUCGGACGUGGUCCAACUCAAGGGGUGAAGGUAAACUCUUCUCGAUGGAUCUUCUUGAUGAAUCAGGUGAAAUUCGUGCAACAGCUUUUAAUGAACAAGCAGACAAGUUCUACGACAUGAUUGAGAUUAAUAAAGUGUACUUCAUCACCAGUGCUAGUCUCAAAACUGCCAACAAGCAGUUUAGUAAUCUCAAUAAUGAUUAUGAGAUGACUUUCAAUAAGAUGACUGAGAUUACACCCUGCCAUGAAGUAACAGCAAUCCCAGCCAUGCAGUUUAACUUUGUUCCACUUGAUCAACUGGAGAGUUUAGAGAAAGAUCAUAUUUUAGAUGUUAUUGGUGUGUGCAAGGAAACCCUUGAUAUUAGUACUGUUCAGCAAAAAUCAAGUGGCCGUGAGCUAAAGAAAAGAGAUAUACAAAUUGUAGAUGAUACAAAUAGAGAAGUACGUGUGACAUUAUGGGGAACCACAGCAGAAAACUUUGAUGGUUCUCAACAGCCUGUUUUAGCUAUAAAGGGAGCCAAAUUAUCAGAUUUCAAUGGACGUUCUCUGUCACUGUUAUCUUCAUCCUCAUUUCAGAUUAACCCUGAUAUUAGGGAAGCCCAUAAGCUGAAGGGAUGGUUUGACAAUGGUGGCAAUUCUGCAAACACUAUUAAUCUUUCCAACCAAAGAGGUGGUGGUAGUGGAGGCAUGGGUUCCAACUUCAAAAUGAUUUUAGAAGCCAAGAUGGAGAAGCUUGGAUGUGGAGACCAAGCUGAUUAUUUUACAACUAAAGCGACAGUUGUUAUGAUAAAAAAGGAAAACGCUCUAUACAGUGCCUGCCCAGCUGACUCGUGCAACAAGAAAGUCAUUGACAUGAACAAUGGAUUGUACAGAUGUGAAAAGUGCUGCCGCGAGUUUGACACAUUCAACUGGCGACUAUUACUUCAAGCCAAUGUUGCUGACUACACAGACAAUCUAUGGGCUACAGCAUUUCAAGACCAAGCUGAGAUGAUGCUAGGAGUUACAGCUGCUGAACUUGGUUCAACGAGAGAGAAUAAUAUUGAGGCCUUCCAAAAUAUCAUAACAGCAGCAACAUUCCAGAGUUAUAUGCUUAAGUUCAGAGUAAAAAUGGAAACUUACAAUGAUGAGAGUCGUUUGAAGUAUUCGGUGGUGUCAUGCUCGAAAUUGGAUCCAAAGGAAUACAAUCUUCGUUUGAUUUCAGAAAUAAAGCAAAUGUCUGGGUAGGCAUAAGUAAAUGGCUAGUUUACUUAAUUGUUCUCAUGAGACAUAUAUCUCUUUAGUUCUGAUUUCAGUAAUUAUGUAAUGUUUAAUAAAUAUUUUUAAUGCUGUUGAAAGUUCAGAAAUUUCAGUAACAUGAUUCUUUAGUAAUAUGUUUCUUUAGUAGCAUGGUUCUUUAUGAGUAAAUAUAAGCACUAGUUUGUGCUUCUUAUUUUCAUCCCAGUGAUGAAUUGUAUGCACAGGCAGUGGCCCAAUACAAAAGUUGAUUGUUAAUUUUGUAAAUAUUUGGUAGUGGAUUAUAUUGCCUGUGCCAGUGUGCAUAUUAGACAUUAUUUGAGGCCAGCUUGUUAUCGUCAUUGAACUAAUGUCAUGUAUCCCAGAAUGUUUAUAUGGAUGACUGAUGGUGAAUGCAUUUUCUUUGGGUUACCCUCCCUAGGUGGGGCAACCAUUAAGGUAAAAAAAAAUGGUUUGUUUUUAGUUUACCAUAAAAAGUAAUUCUCUUUUGUUAUUGUCAUAACUUCAGAAACUAAUAAUUAAAUACAUUUUAUCAUUUAAAA